UAUUAUUCUAUUCUAUAAAGUAUAAAAGUCCUUUCCACAGCGCUAAUUAAUCUUAAUAAUAAUCUAAUUACACAAUCACUUCAAUGUAAGAAUGAGUUCCUCGGAGGCGGGAAGUGAGACCUGGGAGGAGGAGAGGACAACAACAUCACUGGACAAUACUGGAUUGACAUCUGACAUUCACAAAAAUGGACACCAAGACAUCCUCUCAACCGACUUGACCUCUGGAUUCCAUGGUGUUAGUACACAGAAAUCUGCGUUCACCAGCCCUAGAGGCACAGGGGUACGAGAAAAAGGAUUACGAGCGGAGCUGCUGGAGAAGAACCUCAUCAAAAGCAUAAGUCAGCAAGUACAUGCAGAGCUCAAACCGCAACCUCCAGCCCCUGAACUGUCCUCCGUAACCAGAACUGAUUACAAAGUGAAGGGCUUCCGGGGUGUCCGACCUACCCCAUCCACGGAUCGUGACUACAGGACUGAUGAGGCCAUCACAUUUUGGAAAGAAAAUUUUGAGAAGAUUCAGGGUGUGACAGCAGUGAGAAGUAAAGACGCUCCAUUUAAGAAGAGCUCCAAAUUCACUACGCCAAUCAAACAGUGCUUGGACGCCAAUCCUGAAAACUAUCCCGAUAUAGAAGAAGCGUGAUUUCGUUAGCGCAAAUAAUUUUCCUUCCAGGAGAACGUAAAUAGCUGUUUUGUAAGCACACACUAACCUCUUUUGUUUUGUUUGUCUCCUAAUACACUGCGCGGCCAA